AAUUGUCAUUUUCCAAAAAUAUGUCGUCCCGCCAAAAUAUUUGUUUUUGCUGAAAUAAACAAAUAAUUUGCUGAUUUAAUUCUUUUCGUUACGUAUAGUAUUGUUAACAAAUGAAUAAAUAAAGAAAUGAGGAUAAACAUUUUAACGUUAAGAUCAUCAUAAAAAGGACGAAUUCAAGAGCAAUGUCUUUUAAAACUUAUAGUAAAGCAAUAUUUUUGUUAUUAACAGUUUCUUUUGUAUCACAUGCCGCAUUUAAAUACUUCAGAAGGCAGAAGAAAAAAGAAAAGAUAAAAGAGAUCAAUGAAGUUAUAAUGUUCGCUCACGGAACAAGAGAGUUGAGAAGAAGCAAAUACUCUAAGUGUGUGAUAACUCCAAGCAUGGAAAGAUUGUUGUACUAUUUGAACUUGCCGAAGCACUCCAUAGACAUAUGCAUGUACGUAUUUACUAAUACAGACUUGACCAACAUCGUAUUGAAACUUAAUUUUAAAGGCGUAAAAGUUAGGUUGAUAGUUGAUGCAGAUAUGGCAUUUACCUCUGGCUCAAGUAUAAGGCGCUUGGAGCGACAAGGCAUACCUAUCCGAUGGAUGAAGUCUACGAACCUCAUGCACCAUAAAUUUUGUCUUAUAGAUGUAAUGGAAGGAGGCAAAACAACACCAUUUGUGAUGGCAGGGUCUCUGAAUUGGACGAGCCAGGCACUGUCUGGUAAUUGGGAAAAUUUAAUUAUUACAUCACAGAAAGAUUUGGUGCGGCAGUACAAGGAUGAGUUUGAGAGGCUGUGGGUGUUGUUUAAACCAAUCGUUGGUUAUGUAUAGUUUAUUUGAUCUUUGUAUUAUUAUGUUUUAAGUUAAGAUUAUGGUGAUACAAGUGGACAUUUGUUUCAUAGUGUUAUGUUUUGUUUGUGGUGUAAUUUAUCUUAUAAAUAUUUUUCUAUUUGUGUAAAAAAAAAAUAAGUUUAAAGCAGUAUUUAUCAAUAUAAAAACAUAUUUUUGUAAUGGUGACAAUAUUUUAUUAAUACAUCUGUAUAUGAUGAGAACUAUAUUUCUUGCUGCUAUAUAAUAAAGUGCCUUAAUGUUUUCUUUUCAUCUUAUAUUUGGCAUUCCAGCAUUUGAAUAAACUGUUUUUUAACCAACACAUAAAAUAUAUCUGUACAAUAAUUUAUAACUUGAGCAAAUACAAGGCAAGGUUUGGCAAUGGCAGUAUUUAAAACAUAACAUUUAUUUAUUUUGUAGUUUUUCUAGUAAAUUAUUUAUCUGUUGAUUAAAAAAACAGCCAUAGUAUAGAUGAAGAGACAAGUUAAUGCAUAUAAUUUAAUGUGACUUCCAAUAUGUGAUAUAACACCUAUAAUAUACUCAGUUUACUGUUUUGUCAUAUUCUAAUAAGUUAUUAUUAGAGACAACUGCUCUCUUUUUAUAUUUAUUAGCAUAUUUGUUGGACCUAAGGGAUUUAAAUUUUUAUCUUAAUUUAUAUUACAAUAAACAAUUCUUAGAGGGCCUUCACUGAGUGCCCUAAUAUAUUUGGUUAACAAAGUGGUUAUAUUCUCAUUGUUUGGUUGAAAACUAAAUAAAACAGGUCCACCUACAAUUUAUCUAAAUAAAUAAUGUUGUACUAGGACAUUUUACUGUUAUAAAUAGUGAAAGCUAAGACACUUUUCAAAUCACAAAGGGUCUUCUAAAAAUAUGUAUAUAUUGUACGCCAUCUUCUUAUAGGAAGUAAAUGGUUGUUAGAAAACAUGAGUUUGUGUGCAAAUGGUGAGUUUUUGGUGCUAAACAGCUCGUGAAUUGCAGGAGUUAUUUCAGGGUACUAAAUAAAGAAAAUACCUCAAAGAGGACAUAAAAUUAAUUUCACAUGCAGAGUUUCCGGCACUGUUUGUAAUGUCUUAAAUGAGUUAUACAUUGAAAUCAAAAAGUAUAUUCAAAUGCUCACUUACGGUAUUAAUUUAUGUAAUAGUAAUAUUUUUUGUCAUUUACUAUAACUAAAAACUAUUGCUUCUUCACACCAAAAAAUUUGUUUCAAUACUCUUAACUAAGAGUUUUAUGCAUUUAUAUCAUAAUUGUUAAUGGCAAACCCUCGCCGAGAGACUGCCUAAGUCGAGGUCCAUAACCCGUUAGCGAGUCGCUCUCAGUAUUGUCACAUAAUUUUCAAAGUCUGUUGUUUUUAUACAAGCCGGAUCUUGCUGGGCUAACAAAUGUAGUAUCACAUUUAAAAAAAAAAGCGUUUAAAAUGGUUUUAAUAUCCUAUAUUGAUAUCACUCCAAUCUUUAAAAUAAAGGUACAAUCUCAACUACUUUUUCUUUCAAUGGUGAUCAGCACAUCUUGAUUUUAUUUUUUCCUUCAACAAAUUGUCUUAAUAAUUGUAAUAUUAUUAAAUCAGUGGUAUUAUUAGACAUUUAAGACUUGUAAUUUAUGUUUUAUUUGAGUGCAUUAUUUAUGAAGUCGUUUUAAUUCAUUGUAAUAAAAUGCUAAGCAAUUUUAAAUUAAGAGCUGUAAGUAAGAUUGUGAUACACAUAAUCAUUCGCGAUGACCACGGGCAUAGCCAGUCAUUUUCUGGAAGGGAAGGGGGGAGCGGAAUCUACAUCAGAUAAACGACCUUGUUCUUAUAAUUGAAUAUUUGAUAAUUUUCCUUGUUUUAAAAGUUAAGGCAAAAGGCUCGCCCAUCAAACAUGUCACGGAACCGUUUGGAAAUUGUGUGAAUGUAUUAAAAAUUGUAGGCUGCCUUAGAAUCCUGGGGGUGGAGGCAGAACCUCUGGCCUCCCUCUAACUAAGCCUAUGGUUAUGACAUGUUAUUAUAAUGAGGACAUUAGAUCUGAUACAUUAUGUUGGUACAAUUCCCAAAGUGUUUUUAAGUAUGCCAGUUUGAGUGUUUAUUCCACAUAAUUUGUAAUUUUUAACUUUUGUACCACUUAUUAAAAGUAUUUACUUUUUUGUUUUUUUUAUAGUUUUAUAUUGCCAUUUUUUAAAUUUGAAUAUAGAUAUAUCCGAAAUGCUAGUUACAAAUGUAUUACUGGAAUGUAAAACGAUAUCAGUGCAAUUUAAAUAAACCUGUGUGGAACAAAUGUAA